AAAGUGUCAAAGAAAAUCCAAGAACCGGUUUCCAAGCUCCUACUGGGGAUUUCUCGAGAUUGUAUUCAAGCUACUCUAACACCAUUUCAGGGGACUGCCAUUGACACUGAGAAUUCGAGCUCCUGCCAGUUUUCUACUGGUACUGGCUGCAUUGUUGCUCGAGUGCAGUCGUAGGGCAAAAUGAGACCACCUGGACCUGGAGGGCCUGGGCCAGGACCUGGAGGACCUGGUCCUCCAGGACCGGGCGGUCCUGGAGCUCCCUGGCCUGCGCCGGGGGGGUUGAUUGUGGGCUUCUUCAAUGGCUUGUGCAGUGGGGUAUCUUCUUGUCUAUAUGUGUUAUGCUGUUGCUGGUUGAUCCAAGACUGCUUCGGCGGUCCACCUCCACCAGGGCCUCCUGGCGGCCCAGGUGAUGCACCUCCUGGACCUCCUGCUCCGGCUCCUCCACCACCCGUUGCGCCUGCUCCACCUCCAUCUCUACCAGGCCCAGCUCCACCUUAUGCUGGACCUCCUGGUGGUCCGCCUGGACCUUUUGGUGGCCAGCCGGGACCACCUGGACCUUUUAGUGGCCCGCCAGGACCACCUGGUGGCCCUCCAGGACCCCCCGGAGGCCCUCCUGGUGGCCCCCCAGGACCACCUCCUCCUUAGCUAUCCCAGGCAUGAAGCGUCUAAUUCUGACUAAAACAAAAGUAUUUUGUUGGAUGAAAUCACUUUCUGCAUCAUUCAAUCCUGCUAGGACAAACAUGUACAACUUCACCAGAGUUGUGUGAGUGAGUUCUGUCAUGUCAUAUGCCUUUUAAUAUCCACAAAUUGUUGUUCUUUUCCCCCCAUAACUUUUCUAAGUUCUCAAUCUCAAGCAACCAGCAAGUAAACUGAGAAAAGUAAUUUUCCAA